AUGUUUGGCGAUAACACAAUUCUCUCAGAAAUAGUCAAACAGUUGGACUUAGACCAGAAGGAGACUGAACAAGGACGUAUUGAGACUAUCAGUGGUCCAGUAGUGGUGGGAAGAAAUAUGAUGGGUGUAUCAAUGUACGAGGUUGUAAAGGUGGGCAAGAGGAAUCUAAUGGGAGAAGUAAUAAGGAUUGAGAACGAUAAGGCCACUAUUCAGGUAUAUGAGGAGACAUCUGGGCUAGAAGUCAAUGAUAUCAUAUUGAGGACAAAAAUGCCACUUUGUGUGGAAGUAGGACCUGGUUUACUUGAGAACAUCUAUGAUGGAAUACAAAGACCAUUAAAAUGCAUCAGAGAGAAGUCUGGAUCAAUCUACAUCCCACGUGGCAUUGAAAUCAACAGCCUGAGCAGAACUAGAGAAUUCCAUUUCAUUCCUGUUGUCCAAUCCAAUCAGGCUGUUUAUGGUGGUUUUAUGCUAGGUGAAGUACCUGAAAAUUCAUUGAUGACUGUAAAAGUAUUAGUACCACCAGAAACAACAGGUAGAUUGACAUUUAUAGCAGCAGAAGGAAACUACACUCAUCAAGAUGCGAUUGCUACUGUAGAGAAGUCUGAUGGAACAUGUGAAGAGAUCUAUAUGUAUCACUCAUGGCCAGUUAGGAAACCAAGACCAGUCAAAACGAAACUAAGAGCCAAGAAUCAGCUGUUCACAGGUCAAAGAAUACUUGAUUCGCUAUUUCCAGCUGUACAAGGCGGAACCAUGGCAAUUCCAGGUGCAUUUGGCUGUGGUAAAACUGUUAUUUCACAGAGCCUAAGCAAGUAUUCGAAUAGUGACGUAAUAGUUUAUGUUGGUUGUGGGGAACGAGGUAACGAAAUGUCAGAAGUACUGAUGGAGUUUCCGAAGCUCAAAAUAAACAGUACAGAGAACAGUAUCAUGAGCAGAACUGUUCUAAUAGCAAACACAAGCAACAUGCCUGUGGCAGCAAGAGAAGCAAGUAUCUACACCGGCAUAACCAUAUCAGAAUAUUACAGAGAUCAGGGAUUCAAUGUGGCAAUGAUGGCAGACAGCACAAGCAGAUGGGCAGAGGCAUUGCGUGAGAUAUCUGGGAGAUUGGCUGAGAUGCCUGCAGACAGCGGGUAUCCUGCCUAUUUGAGUGCGAGACUGGCUCUAUUUUACGAACGAGCUGGAUAUGUUGAAAAUGAGAAUGGAUCACAUGGAUCAGUUUCAAUUGUUGGGGCAGUGUCACCACCAGGUGGAGACUUCUCUGAUCCCGUGACAUCAUCAACUUUGAACAUCGUCCAGGUCUUUUGGGGCCUAGACAAGAAGCUGGCUCAAAGAAAGCAUUUCCCUUCAAUCAACACAAAUGUGAGCUAUUCAAAGUAUUUGGAAUCACUGGAUCACGAUGAGGCGUACAAACAGGAUGUUUCACUUUGUAAGGAAAUAUUGCAAUAUGAUAAAGAAAUUGAUGAAAUAGUGCAAUUGGUUGGCAAGAAUUCAUUGAGUGAGUUGGAGAAGUUGGUUCUGGACAUUGCUAAAGUCAUCAAGGAGGACUUCCUGCAGCAGAAUGGAUACUCUGCCUAUGACAAGUAUUGUCCAUUUGAUAAGACACAGAUUAUGUUGAAGAAUACCAUGUUGUUCUACCGAUUGAGCGUAAAGGCAUUGGCUAAAAUGACGUGGGCGGACCUGAUGAAGAAAACAAAGGAGGAGUUCUUUGGAUUGACGCAGAUGAAGUUUGUGCUGGUUAAUGAUGAGAUGAUGAGUCAUCUGGAAGAGCUGAGUGAUAAAAUUGAAGACGCCUUUGAGAGUAUUAUAUAG